AUGACCAAGGAAAUGAAUAAAACAUAUGAUCACCCUGAACCUCCCUUUGUAGCUGUCUCCUCGAACCCUAAUACCACUAUAUUGCUAGCCACUGCAUUGGUCCACUUGAAAGCUAAUAACGGUAACACAGUUGUAGCCCAAGCCGUUAUUGACUCCGCAUCUAUGAAAUUUUGGACUCUAGAGGAACCUCCCAUCAAACAUCAUAUUACAUCUGAACAAGAAAUUUGUGAAAAUCACUUUCUAAACACGGUCUCUAGGGAUUCAGAUGGACGCUACUUUGUUAGGCUACCCAUAAAAGAAAAUCAUCCCCCUCUUGGUGACUCAUCAUUUUGCGCUCGUAAUAGAUUCCUAUCACUUGAAAGAAAAUUAGAAAGUCAGCCUGAAGUUAAAGAAGAGUAUAGUAAAGCCAUACAUGAUUUAUUGUCAUCUAGUCACAUGGAACCUGUUAACCCUCCUUCAAACAGUGAUAAUAAACAAUUUUACUUACCUCACCAUGGUAUUGUCAAAGUAGAAUCCUCAACCACCAAGCUUCGUGUAGUAUACGAUGCAAGCGCACGCAGCUCCUCAGGUGUCAGCCUUAACGAUAUUUUACAUACGGGGCCAAAACUACAUAAUGAUCUUAAUGAUAUUCUGUUAAAGUUUAGACUUUCCCCUAUUGUCUUCUCAUGUGACAUCAAACAAAUGUUUCGUCAAAUAAUGAUCCACCCAGAUGAUAGAAACUAUCAAAUGUUGUAUUGGAGAGAUGACAAAGACGACCCCCUUUCAGUUUACCGUUUAACUACGGUUGUGUUUGGAUUCAACUGUUCGCCCUACUUGGCACUAAGGACACUGCACCAACUUAUCACCGAUGAAGGUGCAAACUUCCCUCUGGCAGCUGAGGCUUUAAAGAAACAAGUAUAUGUAGAUGAUUUAAUUUUAGGUGCCAACAGCAUAGAACAAGCUUUGGUACUAAGAAAUGAGGUGGAACAACUUCUCUUAAAAGGAUGUUUCGAACUGAGGAAAUGGACUAGCAACUGCCCUCAAAUCAUGGAAACUCUUCCCGACUCUUACAAAGAAACUCCUCUAUAUUUCAACUCCUCAGAUCAACCUUAUUUCAAGGUACUAGGUAUAAAAUGGUCACCUAACUCAGACACUUUCUCUUAUCAGUUGAAUAUCCCAGACACACCUCCCACUAAACGAGGUAUACUUGGAACAGUUAGCAGAAUAUUUGAUCCAAACGGUUGGUUGACUCCAGUCACUCUUUGGGUAAAAGCGUUGAUACAAGUUUUAUGGGCACUAGGUUUAUCAUGGGAUGCGCCUGUACCUCCGGAUCUAACUGAAAAAUGGUCUAAGUUCCUCCAACAACUCCCUUUCUUAAGUGAACUUAACUUACCUCGAUAUGUUUCUGUAGCCGAUGCUGUUCAUAUCAGUUUACAUGGAUUUUGUGAUGGGUCUGAAACAGGUUACGGAGCUUGUGUCUACUUGCGAUGUGUAAGUUCUUCCGGAGAAAUCAACGUACAUCUGUUAAUUGCCAAGGCUCGAGUAGCUCCUCUUAAGAAGAUCUCCAACCCUAGACUAGAAUUGUGUGGUGCCCAUCUUUUGUCCAAACUCCUGAACUAUUGCAACUGUCUACUCUCUCAAGAUUAUCUUGUCAACGAAUUACAUGCUUGGUGUGAUUCAUCUGUAGUCUUGUCAUGGAUAAAAACUGCACCCUACCGCUUAAAAGUUUAUGUUGCAAAUCGAGUCUCAGAAAUUCAAGAACUUACUCCUACUUACAUAUGGAAACAUGUCUCAACUCAUUGUAAUCCAGCUGACAUUGCCAGUAGAGGAACCCUUCCCAUUUCUAUGAAAGACAACAGUUUAUGGUGGAACGGUCCCAAUUGGUUAUCUCUGGAUCAGGAAUCAUGGCCUAUUCCUCGCUUCACCCCUCUCCAAGACGAACAAUUGCCAGAACGUAAGACCGAACCUUUACCAAUAAUGGUUACAACUCAAAAACCAGACUUAUUCAAUAGGUUUUCAUCUUGGUCAACCCUCCAGCGAGUCAUCGCUUACAUUCUACGCUUCAAAAAUAACCUAAAAAACCAGGUUAAAGAAUCAGGGGUUUUAAAGCUUGAAGAGCUUGAUAAAGCAACAAUCACUAUCUGUAAAAUGAUUCAACAAACAGUUUUUUCUGAAGAUAUUUCUAGAUUGAAAGCUGGAAAACCUUGUUCCUCCCGUCUUGCGUCUGUCUCCCCCUUCUUAGAUGAAAAUGGAUUGAUUCGUGUUGGAGGCCGCCUUAAGCACGCUCAAGUAUCCUACGCUGCAAAGCACCCUAUUGUCUUGCCCAAAACUAACCAUGUCACCAAUCUCAUCGUUGAUCAUUACCAUUUGAAACACUUGCAUGCUGGACCUCAGUUUUUACAAGCCGUUAUAUCUCAGAAGUUUUGGAUCCUAUCUGCUCGAAGUGUUAUUCGAGGAAGAGUUUACAAGUGCAUCCGAUGCUUCAAGUGCAAUCCUAAGACAACAACUCAGAAAAUGGGAGAUCUUCCUCCCCAACGAGUCCUACCUUCAAGAGUGUUCAACAACUGCGGGACGGACUUUUUAGGUCCAUUCUCAGUUAAACCUUGCAAAUUAAGGAAGUCCUGUCCAAUCAAAGUAUACGUUUGUAUCUUCAUUUGUUUUUCUGUCAAGGCUGUACAUUUAGAGGUUGUUACAGAUCUCAGUUCCGAAGCUUACCUAGCAGCAUUGACAAGAUUUGUCUCUCGACGAGGGUUGUGUAGCGACAUCUACUCGGACUGCGGAACAAAUUAUCUCCGCACCAAGGUGGCCUUUGGGAGAGAACUGUCCGCAGUGUCAAACACCAUCUUCGGAGAGUCAUAG